CCCCCCCUUGCCCCGCCCCUCGCCUCGCCAUGGCCGCUGUGCUGAGCCACACUUGCGAGACUGCCGGCUGCGCCAACGCCGCCAAGCUGCAGUGCCCGACCUGCAUCAAGCUCGGCGUGCAGGGGUCUUUCUUCUGCUCGCAGGAGUGCUUCAAAGGCAGCUGGGACACCCACAAGAAACUGCACAAGAAAGCGAAGGAAGAGAAGGCACAGAACAAUGCGGCAAAUAUUCCCGGAGCGCCGAUCACGGAUCCGUGGCCCUGGUAUCGCUACACGGGCACGCUGCGACCCUAUUAUCCCCUGAGCCUCAAGAAAGAUGUGCCGGAGGAUAUUUCAAGGCCAGACUACGCGAAUCACACGCAAGGAAUCUCCCUGGUGGAGAAGGAGAUGAGAGGUAGCACGCAGAUCAAGGUGCUCUCUCCCGACGAGAUCGAGGGCAUGCGCAUCGCCUGCAAGUUGGGCAGGGAGGUGCUGGACAUUGCGGCGAAGAUGGUGAAGCCGGGCGUCACCACGGACGAGAUUGAUGAAGCCGUGCACGCGGCCUGCAUGGAGCGCCGCUGCUACCCGUCGCCGCUCAACUACUACAACUUCCCCAAGUCGUGCUGCACCUCCGUGAACGAGGUCAUCUGCCACGGCAUCCCCGACCAUCGUCCACUGGUGGAGGGCGACAUCCUCAACGUCGACAUCACGGUGUACCACAACGGCUUCCACGGGGACCUCAACGAGACGUUCUUCGUGGGAAACGUGGACGCGGCGUCCCGCAAGCUCGUGCAGGUCUCCUUCGAGUGCCUCAUGCAGGCCAUCGACGAAGUUAAGCCGGGCACGCGUUACCGUGACAUCGGCAACGUGAUCCAGAGACACGCGCAGGUGCACGGCUUCUCGGUGGUGCGGAGUUACUGCGGCCACGGAAUCCACCGCCUCUUCCACACCGCGCCUAAUGUGCCCCACUACUCAAAGAACAAGGCAGUGGGAGUGAUGAAGCCUGGACACGUGUUUACCAUCGAGCCCAUGAUCUCAGAAGGCACCUGGCAAGACGAGACAUGGCCGGACGAGUGGACGGCCGUCACCAAGGACGGGAAACGCUCCUCGCAAUUCGAGCACACGCUCCUUGUCACGGAGACGGGGUGCGAGAUCCUGACGCUGCGGACGGAAGACUCGGGGCAACCUCACUUCCUGUUCCAGGACUGACCUUCACUUAAUGGCACGUGGGGGGGCCCCCGUGCGAUUGACGCUCGGAACCUCGCUCGGUUUACGCCCGCGGUUAGACAUGAGUCCGAUUUCGAUUUUUGCAAGCGACGCGGUGAACACUGUCGUGUGAAAAUUUCUGCAAAAAUGUAAAACUUAAAAAAACGGGAGAUUUAAAUGAAGGAGGGCGGAAAAAAGGAACUCGGAAUUUUUUUUCUUGUUUGUUGUUGCUGUGCCUGACGUGCGUCGUCGAAUUGCCAUAGAAAAACUUUUCUUUUUCCCAUUUGCCAAGCUGUGUAGGAAGAUUAGUUUUUUUAUAAGCGGCUUUAUCUCGCUUUUGUGCAGAGCGCCGUUGUGAGCCAUCAACUUCGCCGUUUGUUCGACACUGAAAAACGUUAGCAUUUGUAAAAAAAAAAAAUGACGACCUUGAUGGCAGUUAUCAGACCGCGUUCCCCUUCCCCGCUGUGCCAGUUAUUAUACGUGAGAAAAAUAAAACCGAGUGUUUUUACGACGUGCAUUGUAUAGAAGGAGGGACGCGCAAAAGCGUAGCAAGCAACGGGUCUGUUUAUUGAAACGAUGCAACUGGACGAUUCCACCGAGGUCAUGUCAGAAACAAGUAGCUGGAUUUUCAUCUCAUUAAGUUGUUAGAUUUUUCUUUUUGACUAUCACCUUCACGGCAACUGUCUACGUGCAUUUUCAUGCUUUCUUUUUAAUUUGCAAAAUGGUAAUCUACUUGUUUUUGACGUAACAACUGUGCGGAACUGCCCAACUCGCAAAACGUAUAAUCGCCAAGCUUUCAGUAUUUGUAUCUAAAAAUAGAGGACAAUAGGAGCAGGCUGAUUGUAUUUAUUUUCUACGAUUUCACCGCUGUGCUGUUAAUCGUUGCCAAGUGCUCUUCAUUCUCUGCCGAUGGCCAUCGGUGCUGCAGGGCUUAAAGCUUCAGCACGGUGCGGAUGCUGCGGAGGUAGAGAAAAUGAAAAGUGUUAGGCGGCCACCGUUGAUGUUAACAUGCCGUGGCUGGUGCAGGGAGCGCAGGAACUCCGUCAAAAUCGUGGCUGCAUCGGUCGUCGUCAUCAUAGAACAUCGGGGCGUACCCGGGGGGGUUUAUUUAAGAGUUUUUACCCCCCCACCCCAACAACGAACAGAUUUUGGUUGCUUGUAAUUACUCCCAGGGCUGUGUGUUGCGGGGGGUACCGAGUGUGCGGUUUCAAGCUUCGUUAAUGUCAGAACAAAAGGUGAACCUCACGAUACUUUUACCCAGGAGAGCCUCGCUGAAUUUGAAACAACUGUAUUUCGGGGAGGGUCUUGCAUUGGGAUAUUUGACUCGUUCCAUUUUCUUUUUGGCUUGUAGUAAGAAACCGGUGUAUCCAGGUAAAUCCCACACGCAGGGAGGGGGUAACAAUGAAAAGUUCUGCAUUUUGGACCUUUGGAUGUGUUCUCUGCAAACCGACAAAACUAAUUAAUAAAAUCAAACGAGGAUUGAUUCCACCUGCAGUGCUGCCAUCUUUUCCCCACCUCGCAAGCCCAAAGCCCACAACACCUGGGAUUUCUGGCCAGGCUCUGAACACCGGAGCCAGGCUUGAUGCUUUUCGGCUUCCGAGAAAGGUGCAUUCAGGCUGAUUUGGUUAUAAGCCGUCAAGUCUCUAAGCGACGGUCAGGAGCAUUGCAAUGGAGCUUUGGUGCCAUGGCUGCAGUGCCACUUUGCAUACCUUUUAAAACAUCGGCAUCGUAGUACCGUGCUAUGGAAAGUCACUUGACAGUCCUCAUGCCUCCAACUCUGGUCGAAAGCAUUGCUGUGUGUCUGUCCAUCUGCCUUUAAGAUGAGGUCACGAUAGCUCUCCUAACAAAAAAUGGUUCAAUAUAAAAUCAAAUGUUGGAAUAAAGCCGUCCAAAAAAAAAAAUCGCUGUGUCCCAAAGCAUGGCAAUUAAAACCACAGCCGAUCGUGGGCGAGCCUUUUCUUUUCGGCCAAGGUGAUGAUGUCACACGCCACCCCCCCCCCCCCCUACGUUACAAGACACCCGCAGUGCAACGUCAUCUCAUUACGCAGUUUGUAAUGUUACGCUAACGCCAAAUAAAUAAUUACGAGGGUGAACGCACUUUGGAAAUGCGACGCACAAUCCGUGCGUAUUGGGAGGGGGAGGGGUUUCCUUAUCGAAGCUUGAAACGCAGAUGGGACGGCCAUGGAUGCAACCUCAGCGUGUAAGCGACAAGACUGCUUGCAUGCAGAUAUUCGCCAAAACAGCAACGCAGAGUAACGUUUAUACGACUGGUUUGCUCAGAGUGAGCUCUCAAUCGGUUUUGUAUUAUCAGCCUGAUAAUAUUUGUGGAGUUUGCGGCGGUACAGUAUUUGUUUCUCUGUUCUAGAGAGAGAAUACUUGACGUUGUUUGGGCUCUGAAAACCCACCUGUUUGGGCUGCGACAUUAAUACGAACCGCUACGUCCGUUAAUGUCAGAUCUUGGAAGCUAAGCAGGAAUUUUAGCCUGGAUAGUUCUUGGAUUGGCGACCAUCAUUACCAAUCAGUUGCCAGCGAAACUUGCCACCUUUGCCAAACUGCACUGGCCCAACGUGGUGAAGUAUGGUCGGCAUGGCCUGGGUUGUUUCGUUCGUCCAGCAGUGGAUUGGCACAAAUGGCUGUGCAUGUACAACGUACAUCCUACAUCUCCCUAAGGCAGGGGUCGGCAACCAAAAUAACAAGAAGAGCCAUUUCUUUCCAAUUCGGUACAAAAUUCAGUAUUUCAAGAGCCGCAAUGCAUCUGAGUACAUAUUGUACUCACGUACAUAUCGUCAAGAAGCAGCCCGUAAAGAGCCGCAUGUGGCUCCGGAGCCGUAGGUUGCCGACCCCUGUCCUAAGGCAACUAAAGAAUUUGUACUCAAGCGGGUGCACUCUUACAUCGAGUAUAAAUGUGCUGAAGAGGUUAAAAAAUAUAUAUCAGUUCAGAACAAGGGGCGAUUUCUGUAGACUAAAACAAUACAAUUCGCACCUAUUUGCCUCUGAACAAAUGGCCAUGAAUGCAUCUGAUCCCAUCAAAUCUCAGAAGCUAAGCAGAGGCCAGCUUGGUUAGCACUUGGGACUGGUGACCACGAGGGCUUGCCAGGUGUUGUAGGCACAGGACUGCGAGGUGUUGCCAGGAGAUGACAGUGCAGAGUGUCGCCCCUCCCCCGCAAGCAAAAUCAUCAGGCAUCUCCAAGUUGCCGCGAUCCCACAUGAUUCCGUGACGUGCCAGGCUGCCACGGUGGUGAGAUGUUAACUACCUCGUCUGGUAUACAGGAAGUCGUGAGUUCGAUUCCGACCCUGACGCCUGUGUAUUCGUAGUUUGCAUGUCUCUCACCGUGAUGGUGUGGAUUUUUCUCCGGGCUCUGCAGUUUUCCUCUCCGCAUUUAGAAACAACGUGCGUUUAGAGUAUUCGGCUGCUAGAAAUUUCCACAUGAUAAUCAGCUGAGCUAUCAUUUGUGGCCGGAUCGCUUCUGAAAAUGAGCUACAUAGCAAAGUGGGCCUUACAUGGUAAAAUAAAAAUGUUUUUUUAGUUUAGUUCUAUGUGUGAAUGUGGAAUGCUGUACAGAUAGAGGGAUGUGCACAUUGCUGUAACUUGACUGGGGGGGGGGGGGGGGGGGGAGUAGGUGCCACAUCACCCCGUGUUGAGCACGACCCGUGAAAUGUUGGACAUCACCGAGUUGCAAGGGUGUCACGAUUCACCUACCCCCUCCCUUUCCCCCAUGAUUUGAAUUGUCGCAAUUCAGGGUCAAGAUUCGAUUCACGAAUAAUCGAUUCUCUUAAUAUUGUGAUGAAGGUGCCAGCGGCGGUAGCAGCACAGACCUUUGGCAGCUGCAGGGAUUUGCGUGGAAACAUUACAACUUUCACGGGAUUGAAAAAUGCCAGUUCUUACAAUACUGCUUUUCGUGUUUAGUUUGCUGUCCUUGUCCCGCGCCUACCAUUGGCAAGGUUGGUUACGUACGGUGUGAAAACAAGUUCUACAUGCAGGCGGCGAUUCAAUGCACGCGUUGUUUAGCUUAAGAGUUUCUUAUGGAUUGAUGCAUUGUAUGAUUUAUUGCAGUCAUUCAAAUUGCCUCUCGCUACCAGUGGAAGUUACUGGUGAUGAAUCGACGUUGAGUUAUUUAAGCCGGCCCUCUUGAAAGGGGGAAUGUUUAGCCGGGAUCCACCACGCCAGGGCAAUCAAAUUGCACAAUCAAAUCGCAUGGCUUAAAUCGCCUGCAACUCCGUGCUAAGCAGCUGCUCUGAGACUUUGUGGUGUGCAGCAAAGUCCUUUCUUAUACUGUACUUCUAUACGCCACCCCCCUCUCCACAUCUGUAUACCCCAGCUUGCCCAAGUGUAAUCAAAUAAACUCCACGUGGCCCAACAGCGGAUUGACAAAAGGGCUCUCGUGCAUAUAUUUAUCACUUAAAAAUUCGCUGCCUGUUAUUAUUCAUAAUCAGCCAACCUGCCGACUUGCAAUGCAGUACUCGAUAUGCGCUACAGCCCCCCCCCGUCCCACCUGCAGAACAUCAAGGUUUCUUUUUUUCUCCUGCCACUACAGUUGGACCGUAUAUUGGACCAGAUUCACAUCUUCGAGGCGACGUGUGCCAGAGUGCUCGCGAAUUCGUCACUUUACUACAGAGGCAGCGGUGUGGGCCCAUUGGCCCACGCACGUUCAUACUGCGGGUGGAUUAAACCUUUAAAUGAAAACCCACGGGGUCUGCUUCACGGCGGUCGUUUAAGAUCCUGUUACGUUAUUUGAAACGAGAGUAGGCCGAUGUGUGGCAACGGCACGGUCACAAAUUUGGUGGACUGGGCAUCUUGAGAUGGACUGCACGGGAGGAACGGUGUAAAUAUUAAGCUUUGACGACAUCUCUAAGGGAGUGGCUGAAACUCGGCGCGCACUGCGGAUUUUAAGCGCUGUCGCUCGCAAUGUGGAUAACGGUGGCGUUUUGGCGAAAAAUAUUUUUCUUGUGAACAUUGUAGCCACGUGUUGUGAAAUUUAUAUGAAUAUUAUCUUAAUUGUUGGGCCACGGGCUAUUGCACUGGCGCACAAAAUAACCUACUCGUGACAAUUACCGUAUUCGCCGGAUUAUAAGAUGCUCUGGGGGAAGUAAGACGCGCCCAGAACGUGUGCUUGGUGGGAAUGGCACCGGUCGUAAACACGUACUGGACCCAGCCGUAGCUCUUUCAUUCCGUCAGUCUGACAAGCGGCGGGAAUCGAACAACUGCGCACUCGGCGGCGGCCGUGCUUUUUUCACCACCCGGCCACCACCGAUGGCUUACCCUCUUCUCCCUGCGGGUGCCAGUUGAAUCGGAACGUUGUCGCUCGGCAGUGUCUGCCUCUACGAGUAAAAAAGCAACCAAAACGACGCUCUUACCUUGAGAGGUGCCAUCGCUGUGCGUUAAGAGGGGGUCCCCAAAUUAACGCGAAAUUAUGGCGGAGAAGCGAACGUGAGCUACGAGCCUAAUAAAAACAAUCUCAACCCCGAAUAACGUCAAAAGAUGAUCUCAUCCAGACCUUGUUCGUAUCCGUCUUUGUUAACAUCUGUCGCACUUCGAUGCAUCUCAAGCUUCCACCAAUAUUACAACACCUCUGUCCCACGUCUAGAUCUCGAUCUCUCGUCAUAUCGCUGGGAGUUUAUAAGCGCGGUGGGGCGGGGUGGGGGGUCGCAAAUAAUCCCUGCUUAAGGCUCCCAUGGGGCCGGCCACCACCACUAGAUACGUACCCAAGAGCUGGGAUAUGUCCCACACGAAUUAGAACUUUUGAAGAAAACCACUGCUGCUCAAUCUGUACAAUCCUCGAUUUUGAUUUUAAAAAUAUAGAAAUGUUAACGCUUUCCAACCAAAUUGAAAAGCGAUAAUGAAUUUGCCGUGUCCCGUAUGUCUGUAACGAUUUUUGCAAGAUAAAUCUCCCGACACGA